AUGGAACAGUAUGUCCGGGUUGCGGAUGCAAGGGCGUGGAUGAAGCACAACGAGGCGUUUCCUGCCUUCCCAUCCCCACCAUCGUCAAGUCGGCUUCAGAGGAGCAGUCGCAGUCCGAAACGGCCGCAGUGUGGAAAGUUGCGCUGCGAGCCUGUUGGCCCAAUGUUGCCCGACCUCCCCGAAUCUGCAGAGCUGAUCAAGCCACACCGAUCUGCCAAGCUCAAGCUGCUCGAGGGCGGGGAAGAAGAUGCAGAGAGUGAUGCGUCGUUGCUGCCAAAAGCCGAGUGUCUUGCCGCAAGCGCCAAAGAACUGCCAAAGAAUCCCUUUGCCUCCGUGGCCGCCGUGGCUGAGCCCACCAGGCCGGUAGACCUCCGUGCAACUCUGGAGCUCGGGGCCACCUCGCCCGACCUUCGAACUUCGUGCCAAGGGAGAUGCAAAGACCCGUCACCCUGUCUUCGAAGGACACUUCACUCAUUGCAGGUGCCACAGCCAAGGCAGACCAUCUGCCCUUCACAAGCCGCGCUGCCUUAUGCGGCUACCAGGAUGCCCCGACCGCCUGCCGUGGUCGCAACAACCUGGAAGUGGCCGGGAUCGGUCGCAGUGCCGACAGGCCCCGUUGCCCAACUUGUGUCACCUCCACUCCAGAGCAGGAGUCUUGCAGAGUCCACUGACGAUGCGCCGUCAGCAGUGGCCAGGGCGUCCCUCGUCGCUGCAUUCCUCUCGCCUCCGUUUGCCUAUAGGAACACGCUUGCCGAUCUCUCGACUCGAGUACAAAGGGCCAGCCCGGCUGUCGAAGUUGGGGCAUACUCGUGGCAGCCUGGAAUGGGGCAUGGCAUUGCCGAGACCGUGAAGCUUGCUGACGAACCGGUGAGAGAUCCGUUCAGCACCGCAAGGGAGAAGGAGGUUCUCGGCUCGCCACUGGUCACCAGAGCGGCUCGGGCUCCGCCGUCGGCCCUAGCAAGCCCGCCGUCGUCAGGCGCUCUGAGGUGCCGUGCGACCCUUGGGUCUCAGAUAGCCCGCCAAAGAAAUGCGGGCUCGCUACCAUCCCUGAGCAGGUCUUCCAUCUCCAGCUCAUGCAAUGAGGCACAUGUUAAAGAAUCUGCAGCCGACACGGUGAGGGUGAGGAUACAGCCUCCCAAGUACUGGGUCCAGGCUGCUCCCGUGAUCGUGGACGCGUCUGAGCAAAGCCUCAGAUGGAGCCAGAAGCUGGCACCGGGACGAAGGAGUCUCUUGCCUCAGAGCUCUCCCUGUUUGGAUAGUUCCGCUAUUCAUUGUAUUCAGCCCCGAGUCCACAUGCAUGCAUCGCCACCUGUGCGAGUGCUUCUGUGCCAGGCCGAUGCUGGAUUGCAGGGGUAA